AUGUCAGCCAAAGCUAUUUAUGAAGCCAAGGGCAAAGAACUACUUAACAAGUUCCUGAAGGACACAGCAGUAGGUAACCGUGUUGCCACGGUAACUGAAGAUGUCACAUGGAGUGUACUGACACAAGAACAUCCCUGGCUGUUGACUGAGAAACUUGUGGUUAAACCAGACCAGCUGAUUAAACGUCGUGGGAAGCUGGGACUAAUUAAAGCAGGCACAGACCUAGACGGUGCAAAGGAAUGGCUGAGUCACAAACUGGGCAAGGAUUUCCAGAUUGGAGCUGCUCGUGGUAAGCUGAGGAACUUUGUCAUUGAACCAUUUAUCACACACACACAGGAUGAAGAGUUCUACGUGUGUAUAUACUCCCACAGACAUGCAGAUAGCAUCCUGUUCCACCACGAAGGGGGUGUCGACAUUGGUGAUGUCGAUGCCAAGGCUGUCAAAUUGGACGUGUCAGUUGGGGAGAAUUUGACUGCAGAAGCAAUUACCUCUAAUCUUCUUGUAAAUGUUCCAGCAGCAGCACACAGCACCCUCACAUCAUUCCUUAUGGCCCUGUAUGAGGCUUACAGAGACAUACAUUUUACCUACUUGGAAAUCAACCCACUCGUGUUUACGGAAGGGAAGAUUUACAUACUGGACCUUGCUGCGAAGAUUGACCAGUGUGCUGAGUACUUGUGUAAAGCUAAGUGGGGAGAGAUGUCCUUCCCACCACCAUUUGGUAGGGAUGCACUUCCUGAAGAAGCGUAUAUUGCCGACCUUGAUGCCAAGAGUGGUGCUUCUCUGAAGCUGACAAUCCUCAACAAAAAUGGUCGUAUAUGGACAAUGGUCGCUGGUGGUGGAGCUUCUGUCAUAUUCGCAGACACCAUAUGUGACCUUGGGGGAGCUCCAGAGCUAGCAAACUAUGGUGAAUAUUCUGGUGCACCUAGUGAGCAACAGACUUACGAGUAUGCAAAAACAAUUCUUGGCUUGAUGACACAAGAAACACAUCCUGAUGGUAAGAUCCUGAUUGUCGGAGGAGGGAUCGCAAAUUUUACAAACGUUGCAGCCACCUUUAAGGGAAUUGUGAGAGCAUUACGCGAGUUUCAACAACAGCUGAUUGAAACAAACACCAGUAUCUAUGUAAGGAGAGCGGGGCCCAAUUACCAAGAGGGUCUGAGGAUCAUGAGAGAAUUAGGUAACACUCUAGGAGUGAAAAUCCACGUGUUUGGACCAGAAACUCAUAUGACAUCCAUUGUCAGUAUGGCAUUAGGGAAACGAGAAAUCCCAGAUAACCCAAAACCUAUGCAGACCACAGCCAACUUUCUCUUACCUACUGGCGGGUCAAAAGCUUCACUACAGUCCCCCUCCAGUAGUCGGAGAAGUUCAGUGGUAGACCCUAAAUCUCCAUCGAAAUCAGCCGACUCUGCAGGUGAUACAACCAACACAUCAGCCAAGCAGAGCAACACAGGUCCGUUGUUUACAUACAAGACGAAGGCUAUUGUAUGGGGUAUGCAGCAGCGCGCUGUUCAGGGUAUGCUGGACUUCGAUUAUGUCUGCUCGCGUAAGGAGCCAUCUGUGGUUGCCAUGAUCUACCCAUUCACUGGAGACCACAAACAGAAGUUUUACUGGGGACACAAGGAGAUCCUCGUACCAGUGUACAAGAAUAUGGCAGAUGCUAUGGCAAAGCAUCAAGAAGCAGAUGUCCUGGUCAGCUUUGCAUCACUCAGAUCUGCCUAUGAGAGCACAAUGGAAACUCUCAAUUACCCUCAGAUUCGAACCAUAGCCAUCAUUGCAGAGGGAAUCCCAGAGAAUUUGACAAGGAACCUUGUCAAGAAAGCGAUUGAGAAUGGUGUGUCUAUCAUUGGUCCUGCCACAGUUGGUGGUGUGAAGCCAGGAUGUUUUAAGAUUGGUAACACUGGCGGUAUGUUGGACAACAUUUUAGCAUCUAAAUUGUACAGACCAGGCAGUGUGGCGUAUGUCUCUCGAUCUGGUGGAAUGUCCAAUGAGCUGAACAACAUCAUGGCACUCAACACAAAUGGCGUGUAUGAGGGAGUGGCUAUUGGAGGGGACAGAUAUCCUGGGACAACCUUUAUGGAUCACAUACUGCGAUAUCAGGAUGACCCAGAGGUCAAAAUGAUUGUCCUUUUGGGAGAGGUUGGUGGAACAGAGGAAUAUCACAUGAUCAAUGCUAUGAAAGAGGGUCGCGUCAACAAGCCAGUGGUUGCCUGGUGUAUAGGAACCUGUGCAAAGAUGUUCACGUCAGAGGUCCAAUUCGGCCAUGCUGGAGCAUGUGCUAAUGCUGAAUCAGAGACAGCUGAUGCUAAGAACAAAGCCUUGAAGGCAGCAGGAGCUUUUGUACCUCGUAGUUUUGAUGAGCUGGGGACAGUCAUCAAGGAAGUGUAUGAAAGUCUUGUUGAGGAUGGAAUCAUCAUACCACAGCCAGAACAGGCUCCACCCACUGUUCCUAUGGAUUUCACCUGGGCCAGGGAGCUUGGACUGAUUAGGAAGCCUGCAUCUUUCAUGACAAGUAUUUGUGACGAACGUGGCCAGGAGCUGUUGUAUGCUGGGAUACCUAUCACCGACAUUUUCAAGGAGGACAUGGGUAUAGGAGGUGUCCUUAGUCUGCUGUGGUUCCAACGCAGACUACCCAAGUAUGCUACCAAGUUUAUCGAGAUGUGCUUGAUGGUAACCGCCGACCACGGUCCAGCAGUGUCUGGAGCUCACAACACCAUUGUGUGUGCCAGGGCAGGCAAAGAUCUUGUAUCCUGUCUUGCCUCUGGAUUGCUGACCAUUGGAGACAGGUUUGGUGGUGCCCUUGAUGCAGCAGCAAAGCAGUUCAGUGACGCACAUGUCAGUAAAAUGAUUCCCAUGGAAUUCGUAAACACAAUGAGAAAGGAGGGGAAACUCAUCAUGGGCAUCGGCCACAGGGUCAAAUCGAUCAACAACCCGGACAUGCGUGUUGUGAUCCUGAAGGACUACGCCAAGAAGAACUUCCCAGCCACACCUCUUCUGGAUUAUGCCAUUGAAGUGGAGAAAAUCACAACAUCAAAGAAACCGAAUCUCAUCCUUAAUGUUGAUGGGUUCAUUGGGGUAGCCUUUGUCGACUUACUGUCAAAUUGUGGCUGUUUCACCAGUGAAGAGGCGAGAGAGUUUGUGGACAUUGGGGCUCUCAACGGAUUAUUUGUUUUAGGACGCAGUAUGGGAUUUAUUGGCCACUUCCUGGACCAGAAACGAUUAAAGCAAGGGCUAUAUCGCCAUCCAUGGGAUGACAUUUCCUACAUCAUGCCAGAAACAAUGGGACUGAUGGGUGAUCGCACAGAUAAUGUGUAAACAGGUCAUUGGCAGUGAUGAAUGGGGAAAAAAUACAACAUUUUCUAAUAUGAAUGAACAAGAUGGAAAACCUUAUUAGCAACAAAAAUAAAUUCAAGUGAAAACUUGACAAGUUAAAAUACUGUACUCAAAGAAAUAUGGUGUCUUGUGGUGUAGAUAUAAUUAGUUGAAAAAUGAUGAUGUGGACUCCUGAUGAAGACUAAAAGGGCCUGUAACAUAAUCUCUGCUACUAUUGUAUGAAUAGUUAUUGGCUAGGUAAUGUAAAAUCAUUGAUUUUCCUCAGAUUUUAAUUUUUCCCAAGUUUCUGAAUCCAUAAACUCAUAUGUUAAUGUGUAAGUAACCUCGUUAAAAGUUGAUGUGAAUUUUAGUAGAAUUCGAGAGUACAACUUUUAUUCAUGAAAUACUCUCAGUUGUU